AUGGCGAAGGAGAAGAAGAGGGCUCUACUCGAGCUCCUGCACCGAGACGGCAACCAGCUGUGCGCGGACUGCGGGGCACCUGAUCCGGACUGGGCCUCGUACACCCUUGGAGUAUUCAUUUGCCUGAGCUGUUCAGGAAUACACCGCAACAUCCCCCAUGUCAGCAAAGUGAAGUCGGUCCGUUUGGAUGCUUGGGAUGAAGCACAAGUGGAGUUUAUGGCUUGCAAUGGAAAUAAUGCAGGAAGGGCCAAGUAUGAAUUGAAAAUGCCAUCAUUUUACUACAAGCCAACGUUUUCCGACUGUCAACUCCUCCGAGAACAGUGGAUCCGAGCCAAGUAUGAAAGGAAGGAAUUCAUUUACACCGAGAAGCAGGAGCCCUAUUCUGCAGGAUACCGAGAAGGAUUUCUCUGGAAACGAGGUCGGGACAACGGGCAGUUCUUAAGCCGGAAGUUUGUGUUGACCGAACGAGAAGGGGCUCUGAAAUAUUUCAACAAGAAUGACGCAAAGGAGCCCAAAGCAAUUAUGAAGAUUGAACAUUUAAAUGCCACCUUCCAGCCAGCCAAAAUUGGGAAUCCUCAUGGCCUCCAGAUCACUUACCUGAAGGAUAACAGCACCAGGAAUAUUUUUGUGUAUCAUGAAGAUGGCAAGGAAAUUGUGGAUUGGUUCAAUGCCAUCCGGGCAGCCCGAUUUCAUUACUUACAAGUGGCGUUCCCUGGGGCCAGUGAUAUCGAUCUUGUGCCAAAGCUGUCCAGAAACUACCUGAAGGAAGGGUACAUGGAGAAAACGGGACCAAAGCAAACUGAAGGCUUCAAGAAACGCUGGUUCACCAUGGAUGACAGGAGGCUCAUGUAUUUCAAAGACCCUCUGGAUGCUUUUGCCAGAGGGGAAGUUUUCAUUGGCAGUAAGGAAAACAGCUACACGGUUCUUGAGGGUCUUCCCCCUUCCACCCAGGGCCACCACUGGCAACACGGCAUCACUAUCGUCACUCCCGACCGAAAGUUCCUCUUUGCCUGUGAGACAGAAGGUGACCAACGGGAAUGGAUGGCAGCUUUUCAGAAAGUGAUUAAUAGGCCAAUGCUGCCUCAGGAGUAUGCAGUGGAAGCCCAUUUCAAACAUAAACCUUAAAGAGAGACUGACUUUGAGGGAUCCAAGGACACUCAAUUCUGUUUACAGAACGACCUGGUCUUAUUUGACAUGUAAAAAUCAGAGGAAAAAAAAAAGACAAGCAUCCAGCUGAUCCUGUUGGGAGCCAACAUGGGAGUGGGUUGGUGGUGAAGGCAGAGGUCCCAAGACUGAUGAAAGAAAAUGGAGCAACCUCUUCUCCCUGGAAUAUCUCUCCCCUGUUGUCACAGGGCCUGAUUUUUUGCAAGCAUCUGCUGUUUCCAGUGGCUAUGUUCUCACUCACAACCAUUGUGUAUGCCUCACUCUUUUAGAAAAGGGACACUGACUGAUGGCCUCACUGCCUUGCAUCCACUUUGGGGAGCGGGUAGGAAUCUGAACUCAAAGUCUGGGGCAGCCCCUGAGUCUCAAUGCCCAGUUCUGUUUCCAAGUUCUGCUCCUGCCAUUGGACCCAAGUUUUUUAUGGCAGUGGCUCUUAGGAAGUUCAAGGAUGAAGGAUCUAUUUAUUGGAAACCUAAUUAGCUCAGAGCUAACGCUGCUGUCUGGGUAGGGAGGUGAGGGAGGCUGGGGAACUGAACCUUAGGGAUUGGCCGUGAUACUUGAGAAACUCCUCUCCUCUGUUGGCAAAAGGCAACCUAUUUGCUUCCUAUCUGGGACUGUGUGAAUGCCCUUCAAGAUCAGAUUUAUUUUAGCACAGUCUCAGAGUGAAUUCUAGAAAUGAAUCUUGAAUCUUGCAUAUGUUCUAUUCGUGGUGAAUGAUGGGGACAUUUGUGGGCCAAAAAGUGAAGGAGAUAGGCCUGGAAGUUGUCCUGCCCCAAAAGAAAGUCUAGGGGGUACAUGGGGAGUCCAGGCUGGUUUUCCUAGAGACAGGAUCUAAGGGUAUAUAAGAACUGAUUGGAGAAGAACUGUGGGGAAAACAGGAGUUUGGUAUAGGACCACCACCUCUCAGUCUACGGCCAAGAAUUAGAAGGCUAAAGGGGAAAAAAAAAUAACUUUAAGGUAUUUGUGUGCCUUUUCAUCCUGCACGCAUUCACCUAUGCCAGCUACACCUGGGCAGUUAUUCGCAUUGGUCCUCAGGCAUUCUUGCAUCUCUCCCUGUCAAAAAAGAAAAAAAGAAAAGAACCAGGCAGAAGAGGUGAAGCUGGAAUCCCUAAGCUCCACUUUCUACAAUAUUUGAUGUGUCUGUGGCCAGGCCAGGCCUCACACCCCAAGACAGUAAAUCAGCAA